CUCUCACCAUCGAUCACGGCUUGCUUUGGACCAUUGAAAACAUUGAAUAUCAACCCGGAUCCAGAUCUGGUCUACGCGUAUUCUGUUUGGCUGCAUGCGUUGCGACUCUUGAGCUUAUCUGGUGGCGUGGCCACCUCCAAAGUGGAUCCGCCAGCUACAUUUCUUAUGCACAACACCAACAUUACAUCAGACCCUUGCCUCUUGCAACUGUAGUGCUGAUUAAGGUCCACGAUGGAGACUUCAACGACAACCACGCCGGUGUCUACGCCCAUGACAUCCGGCUCCUCGAACGCAUCCGAACUCGAAUUCAAAUUGCACGAUCUUCAAAAGUACAUUGCGGUGGGGUGUCUCCACUUCGAUCACCAGCUGCCGCUAGAUGUAAAGGAGUCCGACAAUCGAUGGGCGGAACUAAUUCACUCCGAGCUACCUGAAGAGAUGAAGAUACUCAUUGGCAACGAGGCGACACGAUUACUGGAAGCGCACUGGAUCCGGUUGUUCGUUCACCAGAUCAGCAACAUGGCCGCCAACUCUCUAGUCCGAGUGUAUCUUUUACCAGAAGACUGGGGCCGAAAGUACAUCGAUCGAAAUAGCAGAAGCCUCAAGACGGCUAUACGUACACUGUUACUCCGGAUCGAUGUAUCGCCAGAAGCAUGGGCAGGGAAUCGUUCUGCAAUCACAGAAUGUCGUUUCGAUCCAUGGGCGAGCGCUGAGAAUGUGUCUCUGUUCUAUUUGUUCAACAAACUUCCUUCUCCGGCACCAGAGCCAGAAAAAGUUAAGAGCCGCUUCAGCCGAAGGGCAAUCGAGGACCUGCUGGAUUCAGUCGCCAUCGAGCCUACAGAAGACCCGGAAGUAACGCCUCUACCAGGGCUAAAGUCGAGGCUACACCCAUACCAAGCAAGAUCAGCGAGUCUGAUGGUACAGCGGGAAGCUGCACCCAAGCUUCAGCUCGAUCCGCGAUUUGACAUCCGACAAUCACCGAACGGAGAACCGUUUUACUUCGGAGCAAAAGACGGGUCCUUCGUGAAGGAGCCGAAAUACUACGAGGCCAAUCGAGGUGGCAUCCUGGCAGAGACUAUGGGCUUGGGUAAAACUAUCAUCUGUUUGUCAGUCAUACUGGCAACCAAGGGUCACCUCCCCCAGAUACCCGCAGUGUACCACACGCCUCCGCGGAUACGCAGCCGUGUCGGCUCGCUCAAGGACAUGGCUGCCAGCACUCUCGGUCGUUACGCUGUUCCAGCGAAAGUGGAAGUGGAACGAUUCGAAGCCUACGAUGACAGCGAUCUGAGCUCCAUGAAAUCGGCGCUGGAGCGGAACACUCCUUACUAUAAGAUCCCACCCGAGAUUACAAGGAUGAACCGCAACACAAUCAUACCGCCCCCUCGCCAAUUAGCCCUAUGCUCUGGCACCAUAGUCGUAGUUCCGCGGAACUUGCUCCAUCAGUGGCAAGCUGAAAUUCGCAAACACCUCACGAAGGAUGCUCUAAAGAUCUUGAUCGUGGACACUAUACCGAAGCGCGCUAAAAAGAAGAAUGCGCUUCCAGUUGAAGAAGAAUAUGGAAUGGAAUUCGUAAGCGAAUUGCCACCGCCUACUAAGCUUAUGGAGUAUCACAUCGUACUGUUCACGCGGAAUCGCUUCGAGCAAGAGAUACAGGACGGCGCGGAUGAAAAGGGCCGUAGGUUGGGGCCUGGAGCGCCGCGUAGCUGCAACUGCCCAUAUAUCGGGUCUUCGAACAUUCCCGAUUGCACCUGCAAAGGUCAGAUCUACGAAAGUCCGCUCAAGAAGGUCCACUGGCUGCGUAUCAUCAUUGAUGAAGGUCACAGCUUUUCUUCAUCCGUAUCAAACGCCGUGCUGGUCGCCAAGCAGCUGCAAAUUGAGCGCCGAUGGAUAGUGAGCGGUACGCCUGUGAAGGAUCUAGUUGGCGCCGAAGUCGAUCUAGCGGCCCAUGAUGACGAUUCAACCGAUGCAAAGCUGUCGCGCGAACUCGUCAUCGAACAGCGGAAAGCCUUUAAUCUGGACGAUGAGAACACGAAGGCCGCGAAGGCUCUAGGCACGUUGGCUUCGCAUUUCUUGAUGGUGCGGCCAUGGGCAGAUUCCAGCUCCGAAGGCCGACUCGAUUGGGAAGAUUACAUCUAUCGCCACGAACACCUUCAUAAGAAAACGUAUUCUGGUUUCUCAGCAUGUUUUCGACGUACUCUGGAAGGCUUGGUCGUGAAGACACGACCGGAUGAUGUGGAGAGGGACAUUACGCUUCCACCAAAGCGGCAUCGUGUGGUGUACCUCAAGCCGUGUUGGUUUGAUAAGAUGACGCAAAAUCUUUUCGUUCAGGUACUGCGGGCGAACGCAAUCACUAGUGAACGGUCCGACGUCGACUAUUUAUUUCACAAGAACAGCUUGAAAGCCAGGCAUAGCCUGAUCCGAAACUUGCGGCAGUCUAAUUUCACAUGGACUGGUUUUAGUGUCGACGACGUCGCAACCACUCUGGAGACUAGCGCCAAAUACCUAGCGAAAGAGGACAAAAAAUGCUCGUUGGAGGAUGCAAAUGCACUCCUGGAGAGCUGCCAAACGAUCUCUAAACUUGUUGCCUCGGAUUGCUGGAGGGCUUUGAGCCAAGCACAUGAAGUUGGCAUCGCAGUAGAUCAUUGGCCUCAAGAAUCUGAAGCACUCUUCGCUCUCUCGUCGCCCGAUAAGCCGAGUAUGAUUGGUAUCACCCAGCUUCUUCAAGGACAGUCUCAUGUCGACAGUCACAUAUUGCUGGAUGACCCAUCUGAAGGGCUAAGCAUAGUCGGACAGGUGGCGAAGGCGAAAUUAGCGGAAAUGCAAGAAGCCGAGACUCAGACGAAGAAGAAAAAGGAGGAGAAAGCCACAGCGAAUGACGAGCUGCACAAGGUCGGAGUGCCGUCUUCUGCGGUAGGGGCUUCUCCCCUCACAAGCCGUCGUGCGUCUGCGAUGGCAACGAAGUCUUCCCCAAAGAAUUCCGACCCCAGCCAGCCCAAACAGGAGCUGGCUACGCCCACUGCGCGAGAACAGUCUUCCAUCGAGCCAAACAACACCCCAGCUCCCGAUCCCGACCGACCCAAAUCCCCCACUAUUCCCCGGAAACGCAAGUUAACCCUCUCCGACGAGAUCGCCCAGCUCCCUCCAGAUUCUCCUCUACGCCAAACCCAAAUCACUGGAACCACCUCCGCAAAACUCUCCUAUCUACUGACCAAAGUUGUUGAGCAUGCCUCCACCUCUAAGAUUCUCAUUUUCUAUGACGGCGACAAUACCGCCUUUUAUCUUGCGCAGGCCCUGGAAAUGCUCUAUAUAAACCACCGUAUCUAUGCGCGCACGCUCGACAACGCAACGCGCAGCGCUUAUGUGGCGUUGUUUAAUGCGGACCCGGACAUCCGCGUGUUGCUCAUCGACGUGGCUUGUGGUGCGCUGGGGCUGAACCUCAACGCGGCGAACAUUGUGCUGAUCGUUAAUCCGAUCAAUCGGCCUAGCAUCGAGGCGCAGGCGAUCAAGCGCGCGCACAGGAUUGGCCAGACGAAAGAAGUACUGGUCGAAACGCUGGUUUUAGAGGGCACGAUAGAAGAAGCGAUAUUCCGGCAGGCAAAGACGAUGAGUCGACAGCAGCACGACGCAGCCAAAGAGCUGGAAGAUGACGCAGGAAUCGUGGAUAUCAUUCAACACGCACGGAUUUUACCAAUUGAAGAGGGUGAAGGGGAGGGCGCGAGGAAGUUUGCACAGCUGGAGGAGCCGCAACAAGUGUUUGGGCGACCGGGCAGGGAGCGGUAUCACCAUUAUUUGGGCCGGAAGGAGAAAGGGGAGAAGGUGGUCAAAAAAGCGCGGACGAAGCGCAGCGAGAAGGCGACGAAGGAGGAGAGCGGCAGCACGGGUACGCCGAAGGGGCCUAUUCCCGAGGCGUUCACGCUGCCUGAGCACCUCGCCACACCGUUGGGCCCGCCGAUGACAUUGAGCAUCUUUGGCGGCCCGCCUGCAGUGUGAUCGAACUUUCUACAAUACUUGUUGGCUUCGUCCGCCUUCUGCAUUAGUCUUGAGGCACUUUCCCCCCGAUACUCGGCAACAUAUGUGGCAAGGUUGAGAUGGUCUAACACUGUUGCACGC